UCCGCCUUCUCUCGAUGUAAUCUGAUCCCCUGCUAGUGUCUUGGAAGCAUCACCAGCUUUCACAAUUCCGAAAGGGAGGUGACUUGAGUGACCGAAGAACAUACGUUGAAUUCAGCAGGACUGCACCUGGGAAAUAGACCACAUCAGCCACCAACCUACAGCUAUUGGACUGAGGACAGUUGAGAUGCAUGGCCUGUAAGCAGCCAGCGCCAGUGAUGGCUCAUAGGAAGAGGCCAGGGACCAGCGGCUCCAGCUGCAGCAUGGUGGUGCCCCCCGUCCGGCCCCUCUGCCCCGCCGCCUACCCCCCAGAGCAGCACGACCAGGAGCAUGAGGAGGGCCCGGGGGAGGAGGAGGAGGUCCACUACUGCCGCCAGCAGGGCCUGGAGCCAGAGCUGACGGACAGCCGGCCAGCCACACCUACUACACCUGACCUGGAACACGAGCAUGAACACAGCCAUGACCAUGAUCACCCAGACUGCCGCGACCAUGAUGACCACAGUCACAGCGACGACCAUGCAGAGUGCCAUGGCCACGAGCAUGCAGACUGUCAUGGUCACGAUCACGGUCACAGUCACGACGACGUAGACUGCCAUAACCACGGCCACAUCAAUGACCACGACCAUGCAGGCUGUCACGGCCACCGUCACGACCACGCUGACAGCCUGGACGGAGACUCCAGCUCUGACUAUGUGAACAACACCUCGGAGGAGGAGGACUAUGAUGAAGGUCUGCCGGAGGAGGACGAGGGCGUCACCUACUACAUCCGCUACUGCCCUGAGGAUGACAGCUACCUGGAGGGCAGCAUGGACUGCAACGAGGCCGAGGCUGACUACACGGCCAGCACCGUGCAGCACAUCCGGGCUGAGCCCCCGGGCGACACAGACGAGUGCCAGGAAGCGGUGGAGGAGUGGGCGGAGGGAGAAGGAGGGGUGGAGGUGGGGGAGGUGCGCUCUGAGGUGGUGGAGCAGGUUCCAGAUGAACAGAUCUACAACGUCCUGGACCACCACCCCCACCCUGCCGCCGUCCUGCACGAGUCCCCCCCACCCACAGAGGAGGAAGAAGAGGAGGAGGAGAGAGCUGGGGUUGCCUACACUGGACCCUACUAUGGCCCAGAGGAGGACAAUGGGAACUCCAUGGUUCACAUACCGCGGUCUCCAUACCGUGGCCGUAAGGUGGUAGUGGAGGGGGAGACUGGGGAGGAGGCGGAGGAGGACAUUGACCAGAUAGUGGCAGAGAUCAAGAUGAGUAUGAGCAUGGGUAGUCUGAGCAGUGGUGGCACUGACCAGAGCCCUGACGAGCUGGUGCAAGACAGUGUACCCAGUGAUUACCACCCUCCUGAGGCCCACGCCAAGCCUGAGCCUGCCCCCUACACCCCAACCCCACACCGCCACGACAGCAGACCCAAGUCCCUCAACCUCCCCUCCUCCACACGGCACAACAACCCUGAGCUCCAGAGGGGCUUCAAGGUUCGCUCCCGCACCCCGGAGGAGCGACAUCAGUGGGCUCAAGAACAGAUGGCCAACGGUGCAGAGCAGCCCAGGAAACAGCAGCGUUCUGACCUCAACGUGCCGCUGGAGAACAACAAUGUCCCGGAGGAAACAAAGAAGGCUGCAUCUUUCCCCAGCUUUGUUGAUGUUCCGGGGCCCUGUGAGCCAGAAGAUCUUAUUGAUGGCAUCAUCUUUGCUGCUAACUACCUGGGCUCCACCCAGCUGCUCUCUGAGAGGAACCCGUCCAAGAACAUCCGCAUGAUGCAGGCCCAGGAGGCUGUCAGCCGGGUCAAGAGCCCAGAGGGGGACACACAGACACUGACAGAGGUGGACCUCUUCAUCUCCACCCUGAGGAUCAAAGUGCUCAACGCAGACACACAGGAAACUAUGAUGGACAACGCCCUGCGCACCAUCUCCUACAUAGCUGACAUUGGGAACAUCGUGGUGCUGAUGGCGAGGCGCCGCAUGCCGCGCACAGCCUCCCAGGACUGCAUCGAGACCACACCUGGAGCCCCAGAGGCCAAGAAACAGUACCGGAUGAUCUGCCACGUCUUUGAGUCUGAGGACGCCCAGCUCAUAGCCCAGUCGAUUGGGCAGUCAUUUAGCGUGGCUUACCAGGAGUUCCUGAGGGCCAACGGCAUCAACCCAGAGGACCUGAGUCAGAAGGAGUACAGUGACAUCAUCAACACACAGGAGAUGUACAACGAUGACCUCAUCCACUUCUCAAACUCUGAGAACUGCAAAGAGCUGCAGCUGGAGAAGCAUAAGGGGGAGAUCUUGGGCGUGGUCAUAGUGGAGUCUGGCUGGGGCUCCAUCCUACCCACGGUCAUCCUGGCCAACAUGAUGAACGGUGGGCCGGCCGCCCGCUCCGGGAAGCUCAGCAUCGGAGACCAGAUCAUGUCCAUCAACAACACCAGCCUGGUGGGGCUGCCGCUCGCCACCUGUCAGGGAAUCAUCAAGGGCCUGAAGAACCAGGUGCAGGUGAAGCUGAACAUUGUGAGCUGUCCACCUGUCACCACCGUGCUCAUCAAGAGGCCAGACCUCAAGUACCAGCUGGGCUUCAGUGUCCAGAAUGGGAUUAUCUGCAGCCUGAUGCGUGGGGGUAUUGCCGAGCGGGGGGGUGUCCGGGUUGGCCACCGCAUUAUUGAGAUCAAUGGCCAAAGCGUGGUGGCUACAGCACAUGAGAAGAUUGUCCAAGCCCUCUCAAACUCUGUGGGCGAGAUUCACAUGAAGACGAUGCCAGCGGCCAUGUUCAGACUCUUAACAGGACAGGAGACUCCUAUGUAUAUAUAAACCAAGGACAGAUCCCAUUUUCCUCCACAGAGCAGCUGUACACAGUGGUUGUUUACAGUCCAGUUGGAGAGCUCUGGGUGGACCAGACUAGCAGACUAAUGAGUGUCAGCCAGAGUGAUUACCUUUCUUACUUUUGUGUCGAUGACUUAUCCUUUUCUGAGCUAACAUUCAUUCUACUGAUACUCCCGAUAUUUUGCUGAUGUUAAUACUAAAGAGGGUCAUCUGGGCAGAAGGUGUUUACGUUAUUUAUUUGUGUUUGUGUAUUUUGGAUGCAUCACAAUGUAUUUUUUAUAUUCACAUCAAUGUAAUAUUGUACCUGCAUAUUGUUUCAUUUAAUUUUCAUGUAAAUACAUAUUUUGCUAAUGUGUCUGAAGUAAUGGGGAAGGCUCAUGGCUGCUUUGUAAAUAUUUGUCUUUUCCUGCUGGUUUGAUAGCAGGGAAGAAAGCCCUUGACCGCUAAAGGACGAUUGAAAUCCUGUUGUCAAUAUAGUUCAGAUGGACAAUGAAUGGGUGUUUGGGAGUGACUUGGGUAAUAUAAUUUGGUUUAUAUACAGUACCAGUCAAAGGUUUGAACACACCUACUCAUUCAAGGGUUUUUCUUUAUUUUACUAUUUUCUAUAUUGUAGAAUAACAGGGAAGACAUCAAAACUAUGAAAUAACACAUAUAGAAUCAUGUAGAAAGCAAAAAAGUGUUAAACAAGUCAAAAUAUAUUUUAUAUUCUUCAAAGUAGCCACCCUUUGCCUUGAUGACAGCUUUGCACACUUUUGGUAUUCUCUCAACCAGCUUCACCCGGAAUGCUUUUCCAACCGUCUUGAAGGAGUUCCCACAUAUGCUGAGCACUUGUUGGCUGCUUUUCCUUCAUUCUGCGGUCAAACUCAUCACAAACCAUCUCAAUUAGGUUGAGAUCGGUUGAUUGUGGAGGCCAGGUCAUCUGAUACAGCACUCCAUCACUCUCCUUCUUGGUCAAAUAGCCCUUACACAGCCUGGAGGUGUGUUGGGUCAUUGUCCUGUUGAAAAACAAAUAAUAGUCCCAUUAAGUGCAAACCAGAUGGGAUGGUGUAUUGCUGCAGAAUGCUGUGGUAGCCAUGCUGGUUAAGUGUGCCUUGGAUUCUAAAUAAAUCAGACAGUGUCACCAGCAAAGCACUCCCACACCUCCUCCUCCAUGCUUCACAGUGGGAGCCACACAUGCAGAGAUCAUCCGUUCACCUACUCUGCGUCUCACAAAGACACAGUGGUUGGAACCAAAAAUCUCAAAUUUGUACACUUCAGACAGAUUUCCACGGGUCUAAUGUCCAUUGCUCGUGUUUCUUGUCCCAAGCUAGUUUCUUCUUAUUAUUGGUGUCCUUUAGUAGUGGUUUAUUUGUAGCAAUUCGACCAUGAAGGCCUGAUUCAUGCAGUCUCCUCUGAACAGUUGAUGUUGAGAUGUGUCUGUUACUUGAACUCUGUGAAACAUUUAUUUGGGCUGCAAUUUCUGAGGCUGGUAACUCUAAUGAACUUACCCUUUGCAGCAGAGGUAACUCUGGGUCUUCCUUUCCAGUGGUGGUCCUCAUGAGAGCCAGUUUCAUCAUAUCGCUUGAGGGUUUUUGCGCCUGCAAAUUUUCUUGAAUUUUUCCAUAUUGACUGAUCUUCAUGUCUUAAAAUAAUGUACUGUCAUUUAUCUUUAUAUGUUUGAGCUGUUCUUGCCAUAAUAUAGACUUGGUCUUUUACCAAAUAGGGCUAUAUUAUGUAUUCCACCGCUACCUUGCCACAACACUACUGAUUGGCUCAAACUCAUUAAGAAGGAAAGAAAUUCCACAAAUUAGCUUUUAACAAGGCACACCUGUUAAUUGAAAUGCAUUCCAGGUGACUACCGCAUGAAGCUGGUUGAGAUAAUGCCAAGAGUGUGCAAAGCUGUCAAGGCAAAGGGUGGCUACUUUGAAGAAUCUCAAAUGUUUCUUUAAGACUUUUUUGGUUACUACAUGAUUCCAUGUUUUAUAUCAUAGUUUUAAUGUCUUCACUAUUAUUUCUAAAUUUCUAAUUUGUAAAAAUCCAAAUAACUUCACAGAUCUUCAUUGUAAAUGGUUUUAACACUGUUUCCCAUGCUUGUUCAAUGAACCAUAAACAAUUAAUGAACAUUCACCUGUGGAACGGUCGUUAAGACACUAACAGCUUACAGAUGGUAGGCAAUUAAGGUCAAAGUUAUUAAAACUAAAGAGGCCUUUCUACUGACUCCGGAAAACACCAAAAGAAA